AUGGAACUCUCGAAUAAGCCACAAAGGGCGGAGACGAAGCUUCCCGCAGAGAAGACAAAGCUUCCGGUGGAGGUCCAAGAUGAAUUAUGUGCAGGAGACAUGUGUCAUAAUUCCACACUUUCUUCAAUGGAUAGUAUUUGUUUCUAUUUGGUUGCACUGUUGGCCCAAAGCUUUCUGGCUCUUUCAGCAAAGGUUGUGACUAACUUCACCACUGAUCAAUCUGCUCUUUUCGAGUUCAAGUCCUAUAUAACCAGUGAUGACCCUCACAAUAUCUUAGUACAAAAUUGGUCCGCCUCCAUUCCCAUGUGUCAAUGGAUUGGUGUCACUUGUGGUGCACGCCAUAGAAGGGUCACUGCCUUAACUCUUCCAAACAUGAGACUCCAAGGCACCAUCUCUCCAUACCUUGGAAAUCUAUCGUUCCUGAUCUCUCUAAACAUCUCCUUCAACAAUUUCCAUGGCCCUAUACCAGUGGAGUUAGGGAAGCUUCCCCGACUUAAGCGAAUCGUUCUUUCUAAUAAUAGUUUCUCAGGUAUCAUCCCUCGUUCCAUAUUCAACAUGUCAAAGCUGGAGACUUUGAACUUACGGUACAAUGUCAUUGAAGGGAUCCUUCCCUUUGAGGAAGCCCUGCUUCCCAACCUUAAAGUACUUGAUGUGAGAGGCAACCGGCUUUCAGGGUCUUUACCAGAUGAUAUGUGUAAACGUCUUCCACAACUUGAAAAUCUCUCACUCGAUACAAAUGAGUUAAAAGGGCAGCUUCCGACAAGUUUAGAAGCAUGCAAUGAGCUUCAGGUAUUAUCACUUGGAAACAACUCAUUUGUUGGAACCAUACCAACAAGUAUUGGGAAUCUAACUAAGCUCAAGGAGCUUUAUCUCAAUAACAACAUGUUAAGUGGUUACAUUCCAGACGAGGUGGGCAAUCUUGUUGAAUUGGAGGUACUUACCCUGAACAAUGCGGGAGUACUCACAGGUGAAAUUCCGUCUUUCAUCUUCAACAUGUCUUCUCUAAAAAAGAUUGGUCUAAAUAACAUUGGCUUAUAUGGGAGUCUUCCGAAGGACAUAUGCCAGCAUCUUCCUAUACUUACAAUACUUGGGAUCGGUGGAAAUAUGCUCACAAAUGGGAUACCCAAGGAUAUUGGAAAUUGUACGCUGCUUGAGGCUCUCGGGCUAGGUGGAAAUUACUUGGCAGGAGAAAUCCCCAAGGAGGUUGGGAACCUAAAAAAGUUGGAGAUACUAAUUCUGAGGUCAUGCCAUCUCACUGGGAUCAUUCCAUCUAGUAUUUUCAACAUUUCAACACUUAAAGUGCUAUCACUGUAUGAAAACAAUCUCACAGGCAAUCUUCCACCAAGCAUAGGCCUUACUCUGCCAAAUCUGAUGGGACUUUAUCUAUGGGAAAAUAACCUUAGCGGUCCAAUCCCAAGCUCUGUCUCCAAUGCUUCUAAACUCACACAGGUAGACAUAUCUGUUAACUACUUCACUGGCUACAUUCCUACCACUCUAGGCAACUUGAGAUCCCUCCAGAGCCUUCUGCUUCAAGACAAUGAAUUGGUCAGUGACCCAUCUUCUCCAGAACUACCUUUCCUUUCUUCUCUGACGAACUGCGUGAAUUUACAAUAUCUGGCAAUCGCAGACAAUCCACUGAAUGACUUUCUUCCAAGUUCUAUUGGCAAUUUCUCUAAAGCACUUGAAUAUGUCUAUGCCUAUAAUUGCCGAUUGAAGGGGGGCAUUCCUGUGGAAAUUGGGAACUUGAGCAACUUAAUAUCGAUAACGUUUGCUGAUAAUGAACUAACUGGGUCAGUUCCAACUACAAUAAGCAGAUUACAAAAGCUCCAGGCUGUAUCAUUACGGCAUAAUAAAUUACAAGGACAAAUUCCAUUGGAGUUUUGUCAAUUACAGAGGAUGGACGUUCUGGCUUUAGGGAAUAAUAUGCUAAAUGGGUCAAUACCCGCAUGCAUUGGCAAUAUGACUACUCUGAGAUAUCUCUACUUGAACUCAAACAGGCUUAGUUCCACUAUACCUUCAACCAUAUGGAACCUUGCUUAUAUCUUGGAGGUUCUCUUUGAUUCAAAUUCUUUGGGCGGCUACCUUUCUUUUAAAAUUGGAAGUUUGAAGGUCCUCACGUCAAUUGAUAUGUCAAAGAAUCAGCUGUCAGGUAAUAUUCCCAGUAGCAUUGGAGGCUUAACAGAUCUCAAAUAUCUCUCACUUGCAGAAAAUGGUUUCGAAGGUUCCAUUCCGGAAUCAUUUGGCGGCUUGACAAGCUUGGAGACUUUGGAUGUGUCCAGAAAUAAACUCUCGGGAGUAAUUCCAAAGCAACUUGAGGAGCUUAAAUUUCUCAGCAAUUUUAAUGUCUCUUUCAAUAGGUUCCAAGGAAGAAUUCCAGAGGGAGGACCUUUUGUGAACUUCUCCGCUCAAUCAUUUUUGUCCAACGAUGAAUUAUGUGGCUUACCUCGAUUUCAAGUACCACCAUGCAAACUUACUAGAACAGGACAAUCCAAGCAAGUUCCUAAACUUCUUUUGAAAUACGUUUUCCCUGCUAUUGGAGCUGCAAUAUUGGUAGCUUCCCUCAUCAGUAUUCUUGUCAGAUUUUGUAAAACGAAGGAUGAUUGUCCACCACAAGGAAUUUUGUUACCCCAUCCAAAUUGGAGAAGAAUUUCAUAUCACGAUCUUCAACAAGCAACAGAUGGAUUUGAUGAAGGCAACUUGCUUGGCACUGGAGGCUUUGGUUCUGUAUACAAGGGAACGCUUUCUGAUGGAACUGAAAUUGCGAUAAAGGUAUUCAAUUUGCAGUUUGAGGGAGCUUUUGGGAACUUUGAAGCUGAAUGUGAAGUGAUGCGUAGCAUUCGACAUCGAAAUCUUGUAAAAGUUAUCAGCAGCUGCAGUAACAACAUUGAUUUUAAAGCCUUGGUAUUAGAGCUAAUGCCUAAUGGGAGCCUCAACAAAUGGUUGUAUUCUCAACACCAUUUUUUGGACAUAGUUCAGAGGCUAGACAUAUUGGAAAAUGUUGCCUCCGCAUUGGAAUACCUGCAUCAGGGUUAUUCAACACCAGUAAUCCAUUGUGAUCUAAAACCUAGUAACAUCCUAUUGGACGAAGAUAUGGUCGCACAUGUGGCUGAUUUUGGCAUUGCCAAACUCUUGGGUGAAGGGGAAGAUGCAAAACAAACCAUGACAUUGGCCACCAUCGGAUACAUGGCUCCAGAGUAUGGAUUGUUGGGAAUCAUUUCUACAAGUUGUGAUGUGUAUGCUUUUGGUAUCGUAAUGAUGGAAACCUUUAUGAGAAAGAAUCCUACUGAUGAAAUGUUUGUCGGAGAAAUGAAUUUAAGAAGAUGGGUGAAAGAGUCAUUAGCUGUUGAUCUGGCUGAAGUUGCGGAUGCUGAUUUGUUGAAGAGAGAGGACGAACAUUUUGUCGCCAAAUUAAAGUGUGUGUCAUCCCUUAUGGAAUUGGCUUUCGCUUGCACAGAAGAAUCACCACAAGGUAGGACAAACAUGUGCGACGCCUUGGUUAUGCUCAAAAAGAUCAAGAAAAAGCUUUUGAAGGAGAUUAAAACACGACCUAGAAUGAGGCAGCAGUGAUCUUAGCUUUGCGGUGCCUGGUGAAAGGCCACUCACGACUCUCUCGCUAGGAUGGAAGGAGAAGCUUUGAAACGAACCGUGACAUUGCCACUAUCGGAUACAUGGCUCCAGGACAUUUUUAUUGCUGGGAGUGAGACAUCAUCUACAACUAUGGAAUGGACAAUGUUAGAACUGCUGAAGAAUCCGAAAGUGAUGGAAAAGGCACGAGCAGAGGUGAGACAAGUCUUCGGUUCUAAAGGAUACGUCGAUGAAGUAGGUCUCGAAGAAUUAAAAUUCUUGAAGUUGGUUAUCAAAGAAACACUGAGAUUACACCCUCCUGUUCCAUUGUUACUUCCAAGAGAAUGUAGAGAGAAAUGUAAUAUAAACGGAGAUGAAAUACUAGCGAAAUCCAAAGUGAUCAUCAAUGCAUGGGCGAUCGGAAGAGAUCCAAAUUAUUGGACUGAAGCUGAGAGGUUCUAUCUGGAAAGAUUCCUCAACAGCUCAAUAGACUAUAAGGGGGUUAACUUUGAAUUCAUCCCAUUCGGUGCCGGAAGGAGGAUAUGUCCAGGAAUGUCAUUCGGAAUAGCCAAUGUU